AUGCAGACAUUUAACUCAAAAGACAAUCUCUCAUCGGCCUCAGACAUCAUCGAUGCACUGCACAACAUCCUGCGUUCACAGGUAGUUAUGUCAGACCUAACCACCCCGUUGUUCCGAGUCAGCGUCCCGAAUACCUACCUCCCCACCACCGAUUCCAACAGCGAGAGCAUCAGCACCAUCCUCGCUGAACGUCAGCAGCAGCUGGAUGCAGUGUCGUAUGAGAUCUCAGGUCUGGAAACAGUCAUGGACAAUAUCAAAAUUUUACACCAGCAACUCGUCGAACGGAAGGAAAAUAUCAAGCAGUCCAUGACUUUCCACAAGGGACUCAGAUCGGCUCUCUGGCGCUUGCCCACUGAAGUCUUGCACCAAAUUUUUUCAUCACUAAUAUGCCGACCAUGGAGGGAAGUUGCUGUUGAUAUGCCCAGUCUAUGGUGCAGGUUGCAUGUUGAAUUCAACGUCACCACAGCCAGAGUCUGGGAGGGGGAUGUCGACCACGGAGACUGGCAACGAGCAGUUUUCCACUAUGACUCGUGGCUUAAGCGGGCACGAGGACGUCCGCUCUCAAUAGCACUCGAGCGCUACGACUCAACUGUGCUCUUAGGAAACCUUCUCCAGCCUUACAUGGAUCAAAUCUCAUUUCUCUCCAUAUGUUUUUCCCGCGGAGCGGGCAAACCACAACUUUUGUUAAAAGACAUGCCAGCACUUCGAGAGCUGGUCAUACUAAACAUGCAUGGUUGUGACAUUCCAGCUAUGAUGGAAUAUAUCUCGCAACUCCCAUCCACAAUGCACGUUCUCGAUAUCAUGUACUCGCCGUUUGACAUCAAUCUUCUAUCUUCUCUCGAUCCCGAUGCAUUCCUCCAUUUGCUCCGUUUAUGCCCCAACCUUUCCUCGUUGACGGUUGAAGCAAAUUUCGAUCGUCAACAGACCUUGGAACCAUUCACACACGCCAACCUCCAAUCCUUGUGCUUGAAUUGUGCUGACGAGGAGGCGUUCCUAGCUCACUUGUUCGAUGCUUUAUCACUCCCCAGUUUGCGCAUGUUUGAUGCCUGUGUUUGGGCCGCUGACGAGAUUAGAUGGCCUCAUAAGCAGUUGAUAGAUCUUUUUGCACGGUCAAAUUGUCCCUUGGAGCGCCUGAGUUUCCGUGGUUUUACGGUGAUGGAUGUGCAGCGAGCAAAGUACGUUGCCCUCAUUCCUUCCCUCGACGUAGUGGAGAGUGUGCCAGUAGCCUUAGAAUUCAACAGAAAUAAACAGGGGAGCUCAUCCCACGAGGACCCGUUUUCCAAUAUUGUGGUAGAGAAUGUCAUUUGCGGAGGCAUGAUUGUAAUUCUCGUACUGGAAGCGGCGGGAGAAAUGAGAAAAUGAUGGUAUGACGCUGGACGACACAUCUACCAGUAGUGGCAGCCACGGCACCUACGUCGGAGUCCUCUUCAUAGAGUAUACUGACUCACUUUUGUUGUUAAAAGAUACCUGCGGAAAUGAGUGUUAAACAAUAUGGAGCAUAUAUAUUAAUUCGCACUUGAAACCAAGCAUGGUAUCCGAGUCCGUCUCCAUAAUUAGCUCGGGGAGGCUGUAAGGCGGAUGAAAAAAUUCUUAUCCAUCAGGUCGUUAUCAACUUUUCGUCGUAGAGAUAAAGUUUG